AUGCUAAAAAAUUCAUUGGGCAACAAUCUUGUAAAAAAUGGACUAGAACUGAAUCAGCAUGACUUUCCUGCAUCGGGCUGUCCGCAUUCGACGCUCUGGAGGAGAUCAAGGCCGCUGUCGAGAAGAGGUGCCCCGCCGUGGUCCUGCGCCGACAUCCUCAUCUACGCCGCCCGCGACACCGGCAGCAUCCUCGGCAACGGCCGCGUCAACUUCGAUGUCCCGGUGGGUCGCCUCGACUGCCUCGUCUCCUCCGCCGACGAGGCCCAGGCGGAGAUCCCGGACCCCACACUCACGCUUCAGCAGCUCAUCGACAACUUCAUCACCAAGACCUUCACCGUCGAGGAGGUAGUCAUCCUGUCCGGCGCACACUCCGUUGGCGACAACCACUGCUCCUCGUUCGUCGCCCGCCUCGCCGCACUGCCGGACCAGAUCACUCCGGCGUCGCCUCGCCCCAUCUCGCCGCCCCCCACCGCCAGACCGCCUGUCGUCCGCACCCCAGCCCCAGGAGGCCAGGACAGUAGAGAAGCAGAGAAAAAAAGGAAGAAGCGAGGAAUUUAG